AUGUUCUCCCUUUCCUCUCCUCGCGCUCUACUUUCCGCUUGCAGACCUCUCCUCAGCACUGUUGGCCUCAGGCUCCAGGCGCCUGGCCUGACUUGCGUUAAUCAUUCUUUUGCUCGUUUCCGAUCCCAACUGGCACCGCGACGCGUCACACAUAUCAAGCGGCACAAGGGUACAAUUCCCAUCCCUAUCGGAGGAUCGACGAAAGGAACGACGCUAGCAUAUGGAGACUGGGGGAUAAGAAUUAAGGGACAAGGAGUUAGAAUUACCGCGAAGCAGUUGACCACGGCGGAAGAGGUGAUCAAAAGGAAGAUCAAACUUGUCAAGGGUUCCAAGGUGUACAUGCGAGUGUUCCCGGAUAUUCCAGUGUGCAUCAAGGGAAAUGAAACUCGUAUGGGAAAAGGUAAAGGCACAUUCGAGUUCUGGGCAACCCGUGUUCCAACUGGCCGUGUCCUCUUUGAGAUCGGAGGCGCACCUGUUCGUGAAGAGUUGGCCCGUGACGCUCUUCGCCAGGCUGCCAACAAGCUUCCUACCUUGAUGGAAUUCAUCGACCGGAGUGCACUACCCCGGCUAGGUAAUCUUCUCAUUACUCCAGAAAAUACAGCGGUGGAAGAAUCGCCUGCAGGAGCUAAGACCGUUGAUGUAGCAUAA